AUUAUAAACAUUAUAAUAAAUAAUUAUAUUUAAAAAAAUGCAAGGAACAAUCAUAGAAAAUUUAAGUGGUAGAAAGCUUUCAGUACUUGUAAUAUUACUCGUUAUCGCACAAAUAAUUUGUUUUUUAAUAGGCGGGCUUAUUGCUCCAACUCCAGCUAGUAGCCAAAAUAUACUUGGUACACCUUGCAAAGAUAUUCGUAUAAAUGGAUCUGAACCUGGAGGAAGAAAAUGGUUUUAUUCAAGAGGAAAAGGAUCUUGUAUUCCUGUUGAUAUGAAUCGAUUUAGUUUUGAUAAUCAUCAUCAAGCAUAUCAAGUUGUAUAUACAUUUCAGAUGCCUGUACCUCGAAAUAGCAUGCAACUUGAUUAUUCCAGAUGGCAACAAAAUUUGAUUGGUGUUUUACAAGUGGAUAUUGUAUAUCAUAGUCAAAUAGAAAUUGCUCCUAGAACUAAAAUAACAUUGGAUGCAAGACUUGCUUACAGAAAUAAAGGUGAUCCAGAUGAUGAUUGGAAACCAUAUGCUGCUUCUGUAGUAGAAAGAAUUCUAGAUUGUAGUAUUGAUGAUGCAUUGGAGCAGUAUAAUUAUAAUUGUAGCGUGGUACCAUUAUUUGAACUUGGAUCUCUAUUUCAUGAUUAUUAUCUUUUAAAUAUUCGUCUUCCUGCUGAUACUGAUAGAAAUAUCAAUCAGGGUUUAGGACAUAUAACUGAUUUAUGGCUUACAGCUAUCAAUCAAAAUGGUGGAUUUACAAAAGUAUGGGUUAGUUUAAAAACUAUUUAUUUUCCGAUUGUUUUAUGUGUUCUUACUUGGUAUUGGAGGCGAGUACAUAUGCUUUCUAGAUCACCAGCUCUUUUGGAAUAUUUACUUUUAGCUUUAGGCAUAGCUUUGUCAUUUUUAAAUAUGCCUUUGGAAUAUUUAACACUUGCAUAUGAUAUGCCAUUUAUGCUUUUAUUGGGUGAUAUUAGACAAGGAGUAUUUUAUGCAAUUCUUUUAUCCUUUUGGCUUGUAUUUGCUGGAGAACAUCUUAUGAUACAGGAAGGUGAACAAAGAAAUUCUUUAAAAUGUUAUUGGCGUCAUCUUUCUGCAGUGGGUAUUGGAUGUUUAUCAUUAUUUGUAUUUGAUAUGUGUGAACGUGGAGUACAAUUACGAAAUCCAUUUUAUUCAAUUUGGGUAACAGAUCUUGGGACUAAAUUUGCUUUAUCAUUUAUAAUUUUAGCUGGAAUUUCUGCUGGCAUGUACUUAAUAUUUUUAGCUUAUAUGAUAUGGAAAGUAUUCAUGAAUAUUAGUGCAAAAAGAGCUGCAUUACCUAGCAUGAGUUCAGCACGGCGUUUACACUAUGAAGGUGUAAUAUAUCGAUUUAAAUUUUUGAUGAUUGCUACACUAUUGUGUGCAUCCUUAACAGUUGUUGGUUUUAUUCUUGGUCAGGUUGCAGAAGGACAAUGGAAAUGGGAUGAAGAAUUACAUUUGGAAAUGACAUCAGCAUUUUUUACUGGUGUAUAUGGAAUGUGGAAUAUUUAUACCAUAGCAUUAUUAUGCUUAUAUGCUCCUUCACAUAAACAAUGGCCUAUUGAACCAUCUGAAAAUAGUAUUAGUGAAGAAAUUGAAUUUUCACGUUUAUCCACUGAUCCUAAUGAAAUGUUGUCUUUAACAGCAUUUGCACGAAAAACAGCAGUAGAAUAAAUGGUAUAAAUUUUCUUUUUAAAAAUAGAAGUGACAACCGACCAGUCAACAAUUUUGUACUUAAACAUAGUAUAGAAAGUUAUAAAUAUGAAUUAAGAAUUUUCGAUAUUUAUAGAGAAUGCAAGGACUGAUAAUACUCUGACAAGUAAUCUUUUGAUGCCAAAAUUAAUUAUUUAUUAAGAAGAAUAUUUUUAAAGCUUUAUUUUUUUCUUUAAUACAUUUACUUAAUAUUUUAUAUACUUAACAAUUUAUUAAGUAUUUUUAAGUAAAAUGAAUAGGGAAUUAUUUUAUCUCUUAGAUAUUUUUUAAUAUUUUUAUUACAUAUUAUAUUCAUAUAUGAUCGUACAGAAUAACAUAUAGCUAUUACUAUUUUAUAAAACAUUCCAUUUUAAAUCUAAAUAUAUUUUUUCCAAUAAGAUUUUUUCACAUAUAUAAAUAAAACAAUUAUAAUAGUACUGCCAUACCUACAAUAAUAGUCUUUAAUGCACCAGUCUCUCUUUAAUAAUAAAUACUCUCUUCCAUCAUUUUAUAGAACAUAUCAAUAUUGGGCAUUUAUUCAUAAUUAAUAUUCGUUUUAAUAACAUAAACGCAUUAUAAUGAUAGUUAUGUGAUAUUGAAAUAGUAUGUUAAAUUUUUUCUGUAUUAUUAUUAUGCAAAAAUCUACUUUUGGCAGUAUUAAAAGUUCCUCGAUAAAUUUCUAAUAUCAUAUACAUUUCAUACAAAUUUUUAUUAACUUUGAUGCAUUAUUAAUAUUAUUAGAAUUUAAGAUGCAUGCAACAAAGUAGACCUGAACAGAAAAAGAGUGCAAUAGAAUUGUAACACUUUAAUAGAGUGAAUUUAGUGCACAUUAGUUACUUAUACAUAGAGUACUUAUAUUUGAGAGGCAGAAUUAGUAUUUUCUAUAACUUCAAUAUAUUCAUUGAAAUGUAUUAAUGAACAAUAAUAUGAAACAAAUUUUUGCAUAUUAUUACUCAUAUUUUUAAAAUAAUUUCAAGAAUGUGAAACAUAUAAUAUGUAAUGUAUUAGUAUUUUAAGAAUCUGAAAUUUUUGUAUUUAUUAUUGUGAAUUUGGUACAGUAUUCAAUUGGGAUAUUUUUCUGUUAUAUAUUAGAUGAAAUUUUAUAUUCGUAAUUUUUAUACAUUUUUUAAAUAAAUCAAUUUGUUAGAAUAA